ACAUUUACAGAUCACAUGAUCAAAACAUGGCGGACGAAACCACACGAAAUCAUUAUGUUCUUGCAGCUGAAUCAUUUCUUAUUUUCUUUAUGUCAUGCUAUAUGAUUUCGAUUUUUAUUAUCAAAAAGAAGAAGAUAAAUAGAGAAGUAAUUGUUUUCACGCGAUAUCCAAUCCCAGGCAAAGCUAAAACUCGCCUGAUUCCAUCCUUGGGGGAGACUGCAGCAGCAAAAAUGCAAAUGUUGAUGACAGAGCACAUGAUAAAUGUUCUUCAACAAUUUCACCACACUGGGCUGGGUAUCCGUGUCACAGUGCAAUACAAUGGAGGGUCAGAGUCACAGAUGAAGUACUGGCUGGAGAGACGCCUGUGUGGGCUGCCAUGCUCAUAUCAUGCCCAAGCAGACGGUGACCUUGGUGCAAAACUAAAAAGUGCUGUUAAAGCAAGUUUUGACAGGGGAAGCCAAUAUGUAAUUGUGAUAGGGUCAGACAUUCCUGGUAUAGAUACGUCCAUUUUGCAGACUGGAUUUGACAUGCUGGCACAGGCUGGCGUAGAAAUGGUGCUGGGACCUGCCCAAGACGGUGGCUACUAUCUUGUAGGCUUCAACAGACGAGCCUUGAAGGUCAUUGAUCACAUAUUUGAGGGCAUGGACUGGGGUAGUGAGUGGGUGUUCCAGCAACAAAUGGCCAGAGCACAGCAAUUACAGAUACCUGUAGGAGUCCAUCCAGUUACCUUACACGAUGUGGAUACAGAAGAGGACAUUGAAGUGUUUGAAAAAGAAGUAAAGGUUUCGAGAGACGAGUUGACAAGUCCCAUGUGGUCUAUAAUCAUUCCAACCUUAAAUGAGGCACAGAAUAUCAAAGCCUGUCUGCAGAAUAUAUCAGAGAGUAUAUCAAUGCUUUCAAGUGUGAGCGAGAUAGUGGUCAGUGAUGGUGGAAGCGUGGAUGACACAGUCCACAUUGUAGAUGAGAUGACUGCUACCUACCCUCUAGCAGUCAAGCUGGUCCACAGCAAACCAGGUCGGGGACAUCAGCUGAUAGCAGGGGUGAAGGUCGCCCGGGGUCACAGGUACCUUGUCCUGCACGCUGACUCACGCCUCCCAAAGGGGUUUGAUACCCUGGCCAGCGCCUGUCUGGAUCAACCAGGUGUGGUUGCAGGCGCGUUUGGCUUCCAGUUGGAUGUACUGUCCAACAACGCUCUAACCAAGACGGAACCCUUUUGGUUUGUACAGCAAAUGAGGCUACUUGUGUGGGGGACUAACAAAAGGGCAACAGUUUAUGAGAAGCCCUAUGGGGACCAGGCUCUGUUCAUGGACAGACGGACGUACAGGCUUGUGGGAGGCUUUCCACCCUACCGCCUCAUGGAGGACUAUGUGAUGGUUGAAAAGUUAAGGACAGUAGGUCAUGUGUGUGUGUUACAUGAUGAUCCGGUUGUUACCUCAUACAGACGCUGGCAAAAAUAUGGAUACUUUAAGGUGACGGGUCUGAGUCAAGUGAUAAUUCUAGCCUACCACCUGGGUGUGCAUCCAGACACCCUGGCAGGCUGGUACCAUGAUGACAAGACCAGCGUGGUGAAACACAAGGCAUCCUGAUGUUUUGUGCAUGAUAGUUGAAUAUAUAACUACAUGUUUUUAUCUUUGUUACCUAAUUUUUUAAUAAGGAUAUUUAAGGAAGUGAAGUGGGGAAGGGCUUGCUGGAUUCUCAAUGAUCAUAUGUGCGUCCAAAGACAUAAAAUUGUACCGCAAAAAUGCCCCUACAUUCUUCAAUUUGAAACGUUUAAUCUUUUUUUAAUUGUACCUUAUGCUAUGGAGAUGGGCAUGUUCAAUUUGUAUUAAAGGUAAGCUGUGCUCUGUUAAAAUGGGAUAUAUUGCAUGUGCGUAAAGUGUCGUCCCAGAUUACCCUGUGCAGUCCGCACAGGCAAAUCAGGGAUGACACUCUCCGCCUAAACUUGGUUUUUGCUAAUUCUGGAAACGAAAAAGAUCAUAAAAGUGGAUAGUGUCGUCCCUGAUUAGCCUGUGCGGAUGGCAAAGGCUUAUCCGGGACAACACCUGCGGAUGGCAAAGGCCAAUCCGGGACGACACCUUACGCACAUGCAUUAAACGCCUUUUUCACAGAGCACACCCCACAUCGUUAAAAAUGGCUCAAGGUAUGCCCGUCUUCAACUUAUUAUUUCUAUAACAUGAUUCUGACUCCUCGCUACAUAUUACGAGGCGUCGGGUGUAUUUGUCAAUAUUGUAAAACGCUGUUGUAAUUGAAUAAACGUCUUUGAUGAAA